AUGAGUUGUACAACCGCAACAACGCCAAUUUAUCCUUCCGUGCGUUUAGUUCCGAAGGAAGGUGUACUUCUCUCUUCAAAAGGAGUGAUGGAGGAGUUAGGAUCAACCUUGCAGUGCGGGAUUUGUUUGGAUUACAUUGAGAACAAUCGUGAGUGCUUGAAAUGUAAUGCCUUGUUUUGUUAUUCUUGUUUGGCUCAAUGGGUGAAGGAAUAUAAAAAUUGUCCCAAGUGCCGAGUGGCAGUGUCAUCUCUUGAAGAGGGAUUUGUGUUCAAUUCAGUUGUCAAUCGUCUUGUAAACAAUCUGGAAGUAAAGUGUCCAAAUGCAGAGAGAGGUUGCUCGGAUCAAGUGGUGAAGAGAUGUAACUAUUGGAAUCAUGUUGAGAAGGAAUGUAAAGGAAGAAAGGUACAAUGUCCCAAUUUCAAAUUUGGAUGUAAUUUUGAUGGCACUGCUCUUGAUUUGGAGACUCAUCUUGCUAAUGAUUGUUUAUUCGAAAAGGAAAUUGUCAAAAAUUAUAUUGCGACUUUUGCAGGAGACCACAGUAAUUAUGUUAAGGUCAAUGAAUUACUUUCAGCUGACAAUCUCCAGCUUCAAAGAGAUAUUGAGGCUGUUACAAGGAAAUUAGAUAUUACCACUCAGGAAUUGCAAAGCCAAAAGGAGCAAAAUGUUCAAUUGGUAAAGCAAAAGGAAGCACUUCUACAACAAGUACAGCAAAUGAAAGAACAAUUGUUGCAACAAGAAAAGAUCCUUCAACAGCAACAAAUGCAAAUACAACAAUUAAUGAUUCCUUCUCAGGGUAUGCAACCAAUGAACAAUGAUUUUAAAGAGUUCUUGCCUCCACCUCCUCCAUAUUCACCUUCUCCAAAUUUAUCCUACAUGCAGCCUCCACCGAUGGUUGUUCUACCUCCAAGAAAGUUUAGAUUUUACGGGAAAACAGUUUGGACAAAAUUCCAAGGUAAACCAACGAACACUGAGGUCAAUGGAUGGGAAGCAGUUCUUGAGGUCGACGAUUCCAUCACUGUUGGUGACAAUGUCAAAGGAAGCAGCAGAGCUGGCAAUGUUGAAAAGAAAUUCUCAGGCUUUAUUCGAAAUGGUGUGAUGGAAGUAAGUGUCGACUGGAGUGACGGUAGACGUGCCAAAUAUUUCGCCAACAAUGUCGAUCUUAUUUCUGGAGCUCCAAUCAGAUUAGCUUUUGUCAUUGUGGCUGUAGGAAAGCAAGGAGGAGCUGUGGGUGACGAAGGAUUCAAUGUUGGAACCGUCGAACAAUUGAUAUAA